AUGACUGGUACUACUGCUAAUCACACUAUCGAGAAGCUGAGACAUUGCUUUGCAACUUUCGGACUUCAAAACACUGUUGUUACCGAUGGAGGACCACAAUUUAGAUCUGAAGAAUUUGAUAGUUUAUUGAAAACUAUUGGAGUUCACCGCAUAUUUACUCCUCCGUAUCAUCCUGCAUUCAACGGUCUUGCUGAACGAGCAGUUCAGACAGUCAAGGAUGCGUUCCGCAAGCAAAUGCUUCAUGACGCCAAGCAUAACUGUUCCCGAAGUAUACAACAUUGUAUAGAUUCGUUCCUCUUCGUUUAUCAAAACACCCCACAUUCUAUCACUGGCAUGACACCUUCAGAAGCUAUUUUUAAAUACAAACCUAAGACCCACCUGAACCUACUAAAACCCCAUCUGGCAUCAGAAAUGGAAGUGAAGCAAGAUAGUAUCACUAAAUUGGCUAACAAAAAUCGAGGGAAGCCUAGAAACUUCAAUUUGGGAGAACAGGUAUUAGUGCGUUCAGUACGCAAGGAGAUUAUAUGA